CUGAAGUCCUGGCGAGAUGUCCUUGAGUGGCAACACAAGCCAGUCUCCUCCGCCGCCGCCGACAGCUCUGCCUCUGCCCUUGAACGGCUCCACCUCUCCGCUCUCCCUACCAGGGGAAGAGGGAAGGAGCAGUCACGAGUCCGUGCAAUGGCCAGGGAACGAGUCCCAGCUCCUCUCCAACAUCUUUGUUCUCGGGCACGAUGAGCAGUGCCAUAUGUCUCCUGUUCUCACGGGGGGGCUCGUGGUGUUGUACAGCAUCACAAUGGUGCUGGGGCUGGUGGGUAACAUCGGCCUCAUCUGCAUCAUCACCCGUCGCAGAGAGAAAGUCAACGUCACCAGCAUUUUCAUCUGCAACCUGUCAUUCUCUGACAUUCUAGUGUGCGUCUUCUGCCUGCCUUUCACUGUCAUAUACACGAUCAUGGAUCACUGGGUGUUUGGGUCUCUGUUGUGUCGCCUUGUGCCGUUCAUCCAGUGCGUAUCUGUGACGGUGUCCGUGCUGUCCCUCGUGUUCAUCGCCCUGGAAAGACAUCAGCUCAUCAUUAACCCCUCUGGGUGGAAGCCGAGCAUUCCUCAGGCGUACACGGUACUCGUUCUCAUUUGGAUUCUGGCCUGUUUGACUUCUACACCCUUCUUGGUCUUUCAGCUGCUCACGAAUGAGCCCUACAAUAAUGUGAUCCUGCCCCAGUCUCCACUUCAUCACUGGGCCUCCCCUCAGGCUCACCUCAAUGCAUCUCUGCCUCAACCUGCCUCUUACACAUACAAAAACUCAUCUGUGCCUCCAGGUUCAUAUCACACCCUCUUGUCUUACAUCCCCACGAUUCCACACAUGGAGGCCUGUCUGGAGCACUGGCCGUCCCCGCAGCACAGGCUCGCCUACACCACGUGGCUCCUGCUGUUCCAGUACUGUGGCCCGCUGUUGCUGGUGCUGCUCUGUUACGUUAGAGUUUUCGUGCGCCUUCGUCAUCGCAAAGAAAUGCUCGACCGGGCCAGGACCCCUGAGAGCCAUCGCAUUAACAACAGCCGGCGCAUCAACAUCAUGCUGGUCACCCUCAUAACGGCCUUUGCCCUUUGCUGGCUGCCGCUCACCAUCUUUAAUGUGGUGUCCGACUGGAACCAGGAGGCUCUGCCCAUCUGCCACCACAACCUGCUCUUCUCCCUCUGCCACCUGCUGGCCAUGUCCUCCACCUGCAUCAACCCCAUCAUCUACGGCUUCCUCAACUCCAACUUCAGGCAGGAGGUGAGGGAGGUGCUCCUGCACUGCCGCUGCCACCCGCUGGAGGAGGAGUGUGAGCAGUUCCCCAUGUCCAUUGUGCACAUGGAAGUGUCCCGCACCUCUGUGCCUCUCACCUGCAUGAGCAACUCUGUGUGACUUGAAUGCUGCAGCCUACAGGAAACUGCUGAAGUUGUAAACUGUACAGAUGUAGCUCUGACCUCUGCUGUUUGUUUGACCUUUUAAUGGCAGUGCAACAGGUUUGAUAGUGAUGCAACAUGUGCAACAUUGUUGUCAUUGGUUUGAAUUGACGUGUGCAGUACAAUGUUGGUUUAUCUUAUUCUGCAGUAAUUCAUUAUUGGAGUGUGUUGACGUGAAAAAUGUACAGAUUCAAAAAAAUGUGUUACUUAAAAUAAUAUGUAACUGUAUCCUACACCUCAUACUAAUUGAAAUGUAACUAUGUAUUAUACCGUUUUUUUGCAGUUAGUAUGAAAUCAACAUAUUUUAACCAUUUUAUACAAACAAGAAAUUAUUGCCUCCCCACGGAGGUUGUCAUUGCUCUUGGACUUUUUGCAGGAUUAAUCAAAAACUAUUAAUUAAUAACUAUCAAUGUUAUUGAAACUUAUUUGAAGGGUGGAAUAUGGGCCAAGGAAGAACCAAAUGACUGUUGGAGCAGAUUCAUUGAAGGUUGUGGAUCCAGGGAUUUUUGCAUUUUUCAACAUGAAAUAAUCUUUAUGAAAAAAAUCAACCAUGCCAAGGGGACUGACAUCUAUGAGUCUGUACAGCUUGGUCCACCAAGGAGGUUGUUUUCGUCUGCGUUGGUUUGGUUGUUAGUUCGCAGGAUUACGCAACAAUUACUCAAACAAUUUCCAUGAAUUCCAAAAAUUUAAAAAAGAACCCAGAGCUAAUGAUUUUAAAAGAGGUUUUAUAAGGAGAAUAUUUUCUCAUUUAUUUUGUCAUGGGAUUGUCUGUAUUGAAAAAAAAAGAUAAAUUUUGUUCCAAACGAGACACAUGUGUAAAAUAAUUUCUGAGAGUAGACUGCUGCUGUUGUAUUUCUCACAUUUUAUCACUACUUUAGUAUUUAUGGGAUUUGUGCUGUGAAAUCAGUGUGUGAGCUUAGUGAAGACAAACACAGGGUCCAAUUGUGUU